AGUGACGUCACCCUAAUCAGGGACCCACACGAACUCCAAUCAUCGGGAUUCGCUACAGAUUAAAAAGUCCUACCAAUGGGACCCAUUACAUACAGCCACACCUAUCAUAAUACUCUACUCUACCCCUACUUUCCCUCCUUUUCACUAGCUUUUAUCAUAACCGUCCGAUCAAAAACCAGAACGCCACUCUCCCUUCUCCACUACAGUUUCCGUUUCUAUCUGGUUCAGUGGUUUGAUUGUUUCGUUUUCCGGUUACAAAUCAAGAAUGUGAAAGAAUCAACAAUGUCUCGGUUUUGAGUUGCAGUCAUUCUUUACUUUGCUUAUAGUCUAAGUUUGUUUUCGUUCAAGAAAUCACUGUGAUUUUGUCUGCUUUUUUCUUUUUACGUUUCCGAUCUUUUUUCGAGAUCAGCGGUUUUUCGGUUCGGUUGUCAGCUUCUUCAACCUGCAUUUUUGUUCAGAUAAAAAAAUUAUGUUCACUGAGUAUGAUAAACAGCUAAAAUGAUGUCCGGCGUGAGACAAAGUAACGCGGUCCCAAAACCUUCUGGUGUAGAAGUGAGAAAGGGUAGUAAACAGCAGCAAAGUUCUAAGAUAGUAAAGGAGAAGGCCCUUCCAACUCAACCAACACAGAGUCUAAAGCGGCAAGAUCUGUCAAAAGCCAAAGCUUACAUCAGUAAGCAAUACGGCGGUAUAGAUGAUGAGAUAAAAUCUUCAGGGAACUGUCGGCAGCUGGCUGACCCGGUAAGGUCACAAACAGAUGACGAGCUUGUUAGAUAUAUGUCAAAUUUGCCUGGUUAUCUGCAGCGUGUGGAGAGAACAGAAAAGAAACAAGAUAAUGCUUUGAAUGUUGGGGUUUUGGAUUGGGAACGCUUAGAGAGUUGGAAAUGCCACCAAAAGGGCAUCCCAGCGGGAGUAGGAAAUAUUGCAUCCUUGCCCAGGAUGGAUUUAUCAGCUAAAAGGCCUCCUGCCUAUUAUAGUCCACCUCCACAAUACAGUGAGACAUCCAGCAAGCUGCCUCUUCCUCCUUGUAGAUAUUAUUCCUCUCAUAAAGAUGGCAUAUCAAGAAAUGCAAAAUCAUCUUUUCAUGAUGUGGAAAGUGCUUCCAAGAGCCAUUUUGAUGGACAGAAGAGGGCAUUAUGGACUUAUAAGUCUUUUCAUAGAAGUAGCCCAGAUACAACCUCUGAAAAGGGUAAACGAAGAGAGUCGGAUUAUAAAUUGAAGACCACUUCAAAAGUAGAAAGUUGGUCAUCCAGCUCCAGAUAUAACAAGAUGUUGACAGAGCCGAGGGAAAGUGUGAGUUCCUUUGAUAGAGAAGCGAAGCAGAGAAUUGAGGUGACGCAAGAAUCCGAUAUCAAAAGAAAGUCUUUGAAACAGAAUAGCACUCAAAGUGUGGAAUCUUCAUCAUCCAAGUUGAGAAGUUAUGAAAGUUCACUGGUUACGAAGGAAAAGAAGAAUUUUGAUUACCGAACAAAGAAAAUACCGGAGUUGCAAGAACCAGCAUGUAAUCUUCCUCAUCAACAUCAAGCUGAUAAAAGCAAAAGCAUCGUUCUCCUCUUACCUGGAAAAAUCCCCCAGGCUACUUUAUCAAAGGAGCCAAGAAGGUCAAUGGACGAGCAUGUGACAGGAGCAAUUCAGGAUAGCUUGACAGAGGGCUUUUCUGACAAUGGGAUUUUCUCUUCGGAACUCCACUCUGAAUUUCCACACUCGUGUCCGCUGCCUUCUAGGAUGGAGACUAACACAGAUCAACAGGAAACGACACUUGAUGCAAACAAUACUCAGGAUUCUGAUCUCUCAUCCUAUGCAAUGAGAAAUGCUCGGUCUUCAAUUGAAAAUUCGGGGACAUUGGAUCAAGAAUUAACAGAACUGGCUGCUAGGAAAAGCAGGCAUCCAUCCCCAAAUCGCCGCUUUAGCUUCAGCUUAGGUCGGAUGACCCGAAGUUUCAGCUUCAAGGAUAGUUCAGCUGUCCCGCAGCUGAUCUCCACAUAUGUAUCAAGCAAAUCUGGUCCUGUGAUACCAAAAGCGUCGAGUGUUACGGAUAAUUCUAACAGAGAGAAAGCAAGUGGUCAUAACCGAGUUAAAUCCAGCCCUUUGAGAAGGAUACUGGAUCCACUACUGAAGUCAAGGGGAUCUUCUUUACCAAAUUCUGCUGGAAGUGAUCAGUCAUCAAGAGGAAGCAUAGACUCCUGUAGUUACAAUCCAAUUAGUGCUGCUGUAUCACUUCAAAAUGAAAAGCGUGAGUCAUCCAGCAUACAAGCUCACCUGAUGCUUUUAAGAAGUAAUGGAUUUCCUUUGUACAGAUUUGUUAUAAACCAACAAACUAUCUUAGUUGCUACUCCAAUGAAAAAUUUAACAUCACCGUGGAAGACUGGUCAAGGCUGUAACUAUGUUUUGUACUCCAUCGACGAAAUUAAGAGAAAAAGUGGCAGCUGGAUGAAUCAAGUUGGUAAAGAGAGAAAUUGCGGCUUUGUCUAUAAUGUGGUCGGCCAGAUGAUGGUCGGCCAGAUGAUGGUCAGUGACUCUUCCUUAUUGAAUUUUUCUGGAAGGACCUCGAAUGUAAAAGAGUCGGUUCUGUUUGGAGUUGAUCAAAGACAGAAGACAGGUCAGACAUCAGCAGAAAUAAAGCCAAACACAGAGCUUGCAGCUGUAGUUCUACAGAAGCCUAGUGAAAACUUAUGCUGUGGAAGGCCACCGAGCAAUAAAGAUUUUAUGGAAAAGGGUAGCAUGCCAGAGGAUAAACACUUCAAUAAUUAUACUGUCAUUCUUCCUGGCGGUGUACAUAGUUUGCCAAGCAAAGGAGUUCCUUCAUCGUUGAUUCAUCGCUGGAAAUCCGGUGGAUCAUGCGACUGUGGAGGUUGGGAUGUUGGUUGCAAAUUACGCAUUUUCUCCAAUGAAAAUCAACAUCAGAAGCUUCAAAGGGAAUCUGAUCCUUCCUUGAUGUCGGAUUGUUUUGAACUUUUUGUUCAGACUUGCACUUUAAUACAGGGAGAACCACAGCAUGACACUCACAUCUUCAGCAUGGCACCGGUGGAGAAGGGAAAGUACUCGAUUGAAUUUAGUCCAUCAAUUUCUUCAUUACAAGCAUUUUUCAUUUGUGUCUCGGUUUUAAGCUGUCAGACAUUUCCUGAUAUCAAUGAAAUGAACCUUGUAUGUGAAGAAAAAGCUGUGCAGGACUCUGGAAAUGGCGAUGUACCUACGAAAUACACUCCAAGUCCGCCAAUCUCCCCUGUCGGAAGGGUCUAGCUUCUUGCCAUGAGGUUAUUUGGUCUUAAAACUACUGUUAGUUGCUCUUUAAAUGGAUAAAGAAUAUAGUAAUCCAUCACUGUCGUGAUGUUCAGUUGUUUCUGAUGUAGCAGAAGUAAUGUUUAGCCAUCAUAAUUUUGUAGCAGUUGUAGCAUCACCCUUGUGUAAAGAAUCUUACUUCAACAAAUAUAUAUACCUCUAGAAUUAAGAACUA